AUGAAUGAUAACAACAAUAUCAAUGUUGAAUCUCGUUAUCAUGAAGUCAAACAACUUAUAUUAAAUGAUUUUAAAAAUGAUUCAACUAUAUUAAGUAUUGAUGGAUUACUCGAUGCAUUACUUGUACUUCACGAUGAAUGUUCUAGUGCAACAUUGAGAAAAGAAAAAACAGUUAAUGUAUAUCUUGAAAAUGCUAAAGCAUUUGUAUCACGUAUAAAACAAUGUCGAUUAAAUCGAAAUGAUUUCGAAAAAAUUAAAACUAUUGGACGAGGAGGAUUUGGUGAAGUUGUUGUCGUAAAAAUGAAAAAUACGGAACAAAUAUUUGCUAUGAAAAUAAUGAAUAAAUCAGAAAUGUUGAAAAGAGCAGAUUUAGCUUGUUUUCGUGAGGAACGUGAUGUUUUGGUAUUUGGUGAUCCUCAAUGGAUAACAAAACUUUAUUAUGCAUUUCAUGACAGCGAAAAUUUAUAUCUUCUAAUGGAAUAUUAUUAUGGUGGUGAUAUUCUAACUUUAUUAUCGAAAUAUGAUGAUGAAUUUUCUGAAGAUAUGACUCGAUUUUAUAUUGCUGAAACAAUUUUAGCAAUUGAUUCUCUACAUAAACUUGGUUAUAUUCAUCGAGAUAUUAAACCUGACAAUAUAUUAAUCGAUGGUACAGGACAUAUUCGCUUGGCAGAUUUUGGUUCUUGUCUUCGAAUGAGAGCUGAUGGAACAGUACAGAGCAAUGCUCCUGUUGGUACACCUGAUUAUGUUUCACCCGAAGUAUUAGGUGCAGUGAAUAAAGGUCAAGGUCGCUUUGGAAGUGAAUGUGAUUGGUGGAGUUUAGGAUGUGUUAUGUGGGAAAUGUUAUUUGGUUCACCUCCAUUCUAUGCUGAAACAUUGAUUGGUACUUACGGACAAAUAACAGCGCGUGGUCAAAAUAAAAUUCCACUUUCAUUUCCUGAUGAUAUCGAAGUAUCGAAUGAUGCAAAAGAUUUAUUAGAAAAACUUCUUGAUUCAGCUGAUAAUCGUCUUGGAAAAAAUGGACUUGGUGAUUUUAAAAAGCAUCCAUUUUUUAAGACGAUUGAUUGGAAUAAUCUAAAACAAACACAACCUCCAUUCAUUCCUGUCAUCGACAGUCCAAUGGAUACAACUAAUUUUAAUGAUGUUGAACCUCAAACAUUUGACAAAAAAAUUACUCAGAAUUUCGAUACAUCUGCCUCCAAAACGGGAUUGAUCGGACAAGUACCAUUCAUAGGUUUUACUUAUUCCGGUGACAAUCAUUCAUCAAAUAGUAUUGAAGCAAUACAAGUGUCUUCUACUUCUCUCAUCAAAACCAAAACAGCUUCUCUUCCAGCAGCCAGGAUGAUAAUUCCGUCUACUAAAUCUAGUUCGUCAGGUAAUCAUAGUUCUUCGAUUGAUGCAGUCAGACAACCGAGAAAAAGUCAACAUGAAGAAAUAAUAAAAUCAUUGGAACUUGAACGAAAAUCAUUAGUUAAGGAAUUAAAUCUUGUGCGUCAAUUAUAUGACGAAGCAAAAGGUGAUUCAAUUAUACAAACACGUCAAAUGCAGUUAUUGAAGGAUUUUUAUACUGAACAACAAACAGUAUCAAAACAUGAACAAAUUGAAUAUUUCACUCGCAUUUUAAAUUUAUUCCAAGAUCUUCCUGGUUCAAAGAGAAAUAAGAAUUUUAAUAGACAAAAUUCUUCUCCGUUAUCGUUAGAAGAUAUAAGAAAUGAGUUCGAUCAACGAUUGAAUUCUUUUUUAACUAAUUAUAAAUCAUUAUUAAUAAUAAAAGAUUCGAAAGACAAAGACAAAUCUAUUUCAAAUGAUAUUUCUCUUCUUAUAUCAAAAUUUCAAGACAAAUUUUCUCAUUUAUUCAGUAACAACGGUGAUGAUGAAAUGGUUUUAAUAACAGAAGAUAAGAAUAUAAAUAAUCCAUUAUUGAAAAAUAUUAUUUCAUUUCUUAACGGUCUUUACAAACAAAUAAAUAAAAUUUUAAAUGAUAAAACAGAACUUAGUGAACAAUUAAUUUCCUUAGAAAAAAAUCAUCGUAAAUAUUUCAAAAUACAAGCAAAAAUGUAUAAAACUAUUACUGAAGAUAAACAUUCAAAUUUAUAUUUAAAACAAUUAGCAGAUCAAAUGGCUGAAGAAGUUGAUCAAAUACAAGAUUCAACAAAUCGUCGACCGUCUAUUAGUAGUAGAACACCAUCAUUUUCGACUGUUGAAAAUAAACCAUCACGUGUACUUAGUCAUUCACUUAAAUUACAACACAUGGAAAUUCAAGAAUUACGAAUAACAGUAGAAAGAGAAAUUAACGUUAGACAACAAGUAGAAAAAAAAUUAGAACAAUCAGAAGCAGAAAUUAUGCGUAAAAUUGAUGAAAUUACUUAUUUAAAACAAGAAAAUGAACUAAUCAAAAAACAAUUAUUUGAUGAACAAGCAAAACAUUUAUCAAUAACAACUAUUCCAGGUAAAUUAUACAUAUUAAGGUU